UUACAAAGCCAGGUCCAUGAGGUGCUUCACAUCUAAAGAAACCAUUACAUGGGGGAGCAGUUCUGAUUGCUUAAGAUAAGACAGUGUAUGAUUUUGGAAAGGCUCCAAGUCUAUUUCCAGCAUUUUGUAUGCUAUUUAGAAUAGCAUUGUUUUUAAAAAAGCCUUUUACUAUUUACUACUAUUUAUUCUAGUUUCUAAUACCGACCAUGUGAUAGGAUACUAGGUUGACUGUAGCCAUGGCCUACUUAUACAAUUUAUUAUAAAUAUUUAGUAUAGAGGUAUGUAGCCCUUCUAAUUAUUUAUCACUGGCAGUAGGAGGUGCUCAGUCCUAUAAGGAGCCAAGGCAGAGGUGCACUGUGAGCUGCUGCCAUUUAAUGCAUGAGAUGCUAGAAAGAGGAGACAGUGAAUCUCCUCAGGUGUCAACUGCAGCUUUCCCUUUCUCGGCUGCACCAGCUUGGAUAUCUUUCUACCAGUCUUUAUUUGACUUCUGGCCUUUAGAUUACUUACGGGAGGAGCACAAUCAUCACUGUAGAAAACAUGGCAUCUCAGUUGGAAAAUGCAAUGGAGACCCUUAUCAAAGUGUUCCACACAUAUUCUUCCAAGGAAGGGGACAAAUACAAACUGAGUAAAGCUGAGCUGAAGAGUCUUCUACAAGGAGAACUAAGCGUUUUCUUAGCUGCAAGUAAAGAUCCACUGGUUGUGGAGAAGAUAAUAAACGAUCUGGAUCAGAACCGAGAUGGGGAGGUGGAUUUCCACGAAUUUGUCAUUCUGGUGGCGGCACUUACUGUUGCAUGUAAUGAUUUCUUUGUUGAGUGUAUGAAAAACUGAUGCCUGUUCAGGUCACCUGGACUUUAUCCUCUGCACAGUAAUAUAACAUAUCUAAUGUAUCAUACUUGAUCAUCCU